GUGAGUCAUCAAAAGUGGAGUUCAGAAGAUGAAUCAGAUAGUCAGUGUUUCCAUGAUAGUGUUGCUGUCGAUCUCGGCGAUCGUCGCAGCAGCCCCUAGAAGGACUAAGAGAUCGACACCCUCAUGGCACAAACCCUGUGGACAACUUCAAGAAAUUGAAGUUUCUUCCACUGGUAGCGAGGAUGAAGAGAUGAGGGCCAGUCUUGAGAGCAUCAAACUUCAACAUCAAUUAACAAUGAAUGAUUAUCUUAAUAGUGACUACGACUUCCUUUACGAACGGGUCAGGAUCGGGGUGCACGAGCAUCAGUACAUACCUAACUGGGUUCCUGGAAAGAAGGAUGUGAACACAGUUCGAAAAUUAGCCAAUGAAAAGUCACAAAUGAUUAUCAAUCAUUUGCCAAAAUUGCACUUGGACUUGCAGAAAUUUGCUGUGGCUUUUGAAGAGCUCGUGGAGGAUGAGUGGAACCCCAGAGUUUCCAACGCCUUGAAAGCCACGCAAUCAUAUCUGAUGAUGAUGCUGUGUGAAGUUGAGAUCAACAUCGCUUCGCUACCUUCGCUAAAAAUUCCUUCCAGAGUUAAUAGGAGCAUCAUGACCACAAUUGAACGAGAUCCAGUCGACGACACCAGAAGACUCGUACGUGAUUGGGGUGUUUUGCUAAAAUACAAGGAUUAUCUACAUGCUUGGAGGCACGUAUUUGACUAUUAGGAACAAAAUUAAGAUACUAGGGGUCCGUGAAUGGAGUCACAGUAUUGCAACCCAAUUUUUAUAAUUAGAUGACUAGUCUUCCCUCACCGAACCAAAGAAGACGAAUGAGCUUUAUUUUUAAUAUUUGCGAUGGAGUAGAACUAUAAAUAAUUUAAUAUUUUAGUAAGAAAUAUUAGCUAGCAAAAACAUUUUUAUACCUUCCUAUUGAAACAUUUUUCCUCCUUAUGAGCAAUUUAUACAGAUGAGGUUUAAAGAAGGCUUAGGUAUAAUUUUUUUAAUAUAAUUUGAUGACGAACAACGUCUUCUGACAGCGUAAAAACGAUGUUAUGAUGUAAAAUUAAUUAGGCACACAUGUACCUGUCCUGCAGUUUCUGUAAUUGCAGAAACUUGUAAGACAGACGUCAUAAUGACGACUUGACUAUUAGUGCGGAAUUGUUAUUGUAGUGAGUUUAAUCACAGCAAUCAGGGAAACACCCGCUUUUUAAUACGUAUUGAAUGUUUGUAUUUAUUGUGCGACUUUUUUCUGUAUAACUAGUAUUUAUUAUUUAUUAUUAGAGACUUAGGUAUUUAUUAUAAAUUUUACAGUAGCUCUUGGGAAAUAUUUAUUGCAAAAUUUUUCGAU